AUGUACCGACACGUUCCUCGCACAACGCCAUCCUGGAUUGACCUUCUCUUUGUACGACGUGUACUGCUGACCCUUCGAUCUGUCGGCUUUGGCUACCUUCAACACCUUGAUGGUCCCAAUUUCAGUCGACAGUCUGGAGAAUUUUCAGUACAGCACACGGCGCGCAUCGUUGACCAGCAGCGGACUCGUCCAACUUCGAGUUCGCCGCUUUGGCAGCAGCGCCUGCAACUGAGCUCAGUCAAGAUUCCGCUGGCUGGAAAGCGCGAAACUGUGUGGCUACGCCGCCAGCGCCAGUGGACGCUAUCGAAACGGGCCUCGACAUCAUCUCCUCCUCUUCCCCUCCAUAUCGUCAAGGUUACUCAAACACGUAAGCAUCAACACCAUCGCCUUCCUCGACGUAGGUUUGAGCUACAUUGCACCAAGCACCAGCAGAGACGCUCGCACGCAACGGUCCGGUCCACGACACAAUCGAAUCGGCAUAGAAGUCGCACCGCCAAUCUACACGCAUGCAGCACCAACCCAUCGACAGCGUAUACAACACUCAGCAUCGACUUCCGGCAUACACCUCAGCUUCCAGAAAUAGUGUCAUUCUGCCCUUUCAUCAGCACAUGA